AUGGGGCGCUUCGUUCAGUUCCUUUGGUCCUCCUUGGCCUGCGGAGUGGCAUGCGUUGCUUCCGAAGACUGCGCAGGCGCGGAUUGCUCCGACGCUUCCGCGGUACUGCAGCACAAGACUAAGGCCAAGGGCCGAAGCACUCACUCUCACAGUGGGCGCGAGUGUUCCAAGCCUUAUCCCUUCAUCUGGGACAAUGACGCGAACUACGACGACACCUUGGCGCUCUUGUACCUUGCGCACAGUGAGAACCUCGAUUGGAAGGCGAUCACGAUCGAGUCGGAUGGGAUGGGAACCCCACAUGGAGGGCCCACGAACAUUGCAGCCGCGGCAAGCCUGGUUGGCUUGGGUGAUGUUCCCAUUGCCAUGGGGGGCCUCUCGAGCUUGAGUCCGAUUGCCACCAUGCCUUUGCAGUGGCGUCUUGAGACCGAUGAGUUCUUUGAGCGGAUGUUUAGAGGCGGGAUCUUGGAUGAGACCGACAGGGCAAUCGUGGACUUGACUGCGGCACAGCUGAUCGUGAAGAUCUUGACGGAGUCCGCCUGCCCCGUGGUCAUUCUAACCACAGGCCCAGCAACCAAUGUGGCAGAAGCACUGGACAUGGAUCCGUCGAUUGCAGGGAACAUCCACGGGAUCUACAUGAUGGGUUCUGCCUACGGCGUUCCAGGCACCAACAAUGUCUACGAUUGGCAAAUGACAUACAACGGUGUGAAGGGCUCCUGCACCGAAGACGGGGGCCAGACCUACACGGGCCUGUCGCCUCCGCUUAACAGGAGCGGAGUGGUAAGCGCGAUUCGUCCAGAAUGCCGAGGAGUUGACAUGACUGCACACGGCGACACAGAGUGGAACGUCUUCAUGGACGUACGUGCAUGGCACAUGGUCUACGGCUUUCUGAAAGACUUGCCUGCGGAUCACGUCUAUGUCUUGGCUGCAAAUGCUACGCUGAACAUGCCGGUGACACUCGAAGAAAUGGAGGAGUAUGCAGCUAGGCGGUGCAAAUAUUUCUUUCAUGGCCAGGCAGCAACGCUGGCGGAUCCAGGCCUCAGGAUCUUUGUCACCGAGCUGGCCAAGGCCUUCCUCGCAGCCGGAGAAGCCAAGUGGUGGGAUGCUCAGUGUGCGGUGGUGAUGGACCAAGUCUUGUCAGGGCUGAAGCAAGGUGUGUGCUCCAACUGGUUCGAGGACAAGUUGACCAGUGUAUCCCUCGUAUGGAGAUCCAAUCUUACUGAUGGUGAGCUGAACCCUUAUGGUAGCGUCUAUGACGAUCAGGACGCGCACGCUCCCCCGAUCGACUACUGCUUAGAUGGUGACCCAUACGUGGCAUCUGCUUGGUGCAAUAGCUACACUAUUGUCGUCGUGGCAGGUGCAGCGUCAGGUGUGAGGAUGGGGCGCUUCGUUCAGUUCCUUUGGUCCUCCUUGGCCUGCGGAGUGGCAUGCGUUGCUUCCGAAGACUGCGCAGGCGCAGAUUGCUCCGACGCUUCCGCGGUACUGCAGCACAAGACUAAGGCCAAGGGCCGAAGCACUCACUCUCACAGUGGGCGCGAGUGUUCCAAGCCUUAUCCCUUCAUCUGGGACAAUGACGCGAACUACGACGACACCUUGGCGCUCUUGUACCUGGCGCACAGUGAGAACCUCGAUUGGAAGGCGAUCACGAUCGAGUCGGAUGGGAUGGGAACCCCACAUGGAGGGCCCACGAACAUUGCAGCCGCGGCAAGCCUGGUUGGCUUGGGUGAUGUUCCCAUUGCCAUGGGGGGCCUCUCGAGCUUGAGUCCGAUUGCCACCAUGCCUUUGCAGUGGCGUCUUGAGACCGAUGAGUUCUUUGAGCGGAUGUUUAGAGGCGGGAUCUUGGAUGAGACCGACAGGGCAAUCGUGGACUUGACUGCGGCACAGCUGAUCGUGAAGAUCUUGACGGAGUCCACCUGCCCCGUGGUCAUUCUAACCACAGGCCCAGCAACCAAUGUGGCAGAAGCGCUGGACAUGGAUCCGUCGAUUGCAGGGAACAUCCACGGGAUCUACAUGAUGGGUUCUGCCUACGGCGUUCCAGGCACCAACAAUGUCUACGAUUGGCAAAUGACAUACAACGGUGUGAAGGGCUCCUGCACCGAAGACGGGGGCCAGACCUACACGGGCCUGUCGCCUCCGCUUAACAGGAGCGGAGUGGUAAGCGCGAUUCGUCCAGAAUGCCGAGGAGUUGACAUGACUGCACACGGCGACACAGAGUGGAACGUCUUCAUGGACGUACGUGCAUGGCACAUGGUCUACGGCUUUCUGAAAGACUUGCCUGCGGAUCACGUCUAUGUCUUGGCUGCAAAUGCUACGCUGAACAUGCCGGUGACACUCGAAGAAAUGGAGGAGUAUGCAGCUAGGCGGUGCAAAUAUUUCUUUCAUGGCCAGGCAGCAACGCUGGCGGAUCCAGGCCUCAGGAUCUUUGUCACCGAGCUGGCCAAGGCCUUCCUGGCAGCCGGAGAAGCCAAGUGGUGGGAUGCUCAGUGUGCGGUGGUGAUGGACCAAGUCUUGUCAGGGCUGAAGCAAGGUGUGUGCUCCAACUGGUUCGAGGACAAGUUGACCAGUGUAUCCCUCGUGUGGAGAUCCAAUCUUACUGAUGGUGAGCUGAACCCUUAUGGUAGCGUCUAUGACGAUGAGGACGCGCACGCUCCCCCGAUCGACUACUGCUUAGAUGGUGACCCAUACGUGGCAUCUGCUUGGUGCAAUGGCUACACUAUUGUGGACCAGGCAGCUUCUGCAGUAGGAGACCGGAAGAUAGAAAUUAGCCACCAUGGGCGGGCAACCCGAGGUGUGAGGAUGGGGCGCUUCGUUCAGUUCCUUUGGUCCUCCUUGGCCUGCGGAGUGGCAUGCGUUGCUUCCGAAGACUGCGCAGGCGCAGAUUGCUCCGACGCUUCCGCGGUACUGCAGCACAAGACUAAGGCCAAGGGCCGAAGCACUCACUCUCACAGUGGGCGCGAGUGUUCCAAGCCUUAUCCCUUCAUCUGGGACAAUGACGCGAACUACGACGACACCUUGGCGCUCUUGUACCUGGCGCACAGUGAGAACCUCGAUUGGAAGGCGAUCACGAUCGAGUCGGAUGGGAUGGGAACCCCACAUGGAGGGCCCACGAACAUUGCAGCCGCGGCAAGCCUGGUUGGCUUGGGUGAUGUUCCCAUUGCCAUGGGGGGCCUCUCGAGCUUGAGUCCGAUUGCCACCAUGCCUUUGCAGUGGCGUCUUGAGACCGAUGAGUUCUUUGAGCGGAUGUUUAGAGGCGGGAUCUUGGAUGAGACCGACAGGGCAAUCGUGGACUUGACUGCGGCACAGCUGAUCGUGAAGAUCUUGACGGAGUCCACCUGCCCCGUGGUCAUUCUAACCACAGGCCCAGCAACCAAUGUGGCAGAAGCGCUGGACAUGGAUCCGUCGAUUGCAGGGAACAUCCACGGGAUCUACAUGAUGGGUUCUGCCUACGGCGUUCCAGGCACCAACAAUGUCUACGAUUGGCAAAUGACAUACAACGGUGUGAAGGGCUCCUGCACCGAAGACGGGGGCCAGACCUACACCGGCCUGUCGCCUCCACUUAACAGGAGCGGAGUGGUAAGCGCGAUUCGUCCAGAAUGCCGAGGAGUUGACAUGACUGCACACGGCGACACAGAGUGGAACGUCUUCAUGGACGUACGUGCAUGGCACAUGGUCUACGGCUUUCUGAAAGACUUGCCUGCGGAUCACGUCUAUGUCUUGGCUGCAAAUGCUACGCUGAACAUGCCGGUGACACUCGAAGAAAUGGAGGAGUAUGCAGCAACGCUGGCGGAUCCAGGCCUCAGGAUCUUUGUCACCGAGCUGGCCAAGGCCUUCCUCGCAGCCGGAGAAGCCAAGUGGUGGGAUGCUCAGUGUGCGGUGGUGAUGGACCAAGUCUUGUCAGGGCUGAAGCAAGGUGUGUGCUCCAACUGGUUCGAGGACAAGUUGACCAGUGUAUCCCUCGUGUGGAGAUCCAAUCUUACUGAUGGUGAGCUGAACCCUUAUGGUAGCGUCUAUGACGACGCAGACGCACACGCUCCCCCGAUCGACUACUGCUUAGAUGGUAACGUAACCCAGAUGUGGGAGGUCUACUGGCCCAUGGUCAACCAGACCGGCUAG